CUGAGGGAGAGAAAGAGCCUGAAGAAAGGCAGCGGAGGAGACGGACAUCGGGAGGCGUCGGCUGACACACAAUCAAAAACCCCAACCCGAAACAAUGCCGAAUUUUGGAGGCACCUGGAAAAUGAAGAGCAGCGAGAAUUUCGACGAGCUGCUCAAAGCUCUGGGUGUGAACGCCAUGCUGAGGAAGGUGGCAGGGGCGGCCGCAUCCAAGCCCCAUGUGGAGAUAAGACAGAACGGCGAGCACUUCUACAUCAAGACCUCCACCACGGUCCGCACCACGGAGAUCAACUUCGUCAUCGGCGAGGAGUUCAACGAGGAGACGGUGGACGGCAGGAAGUGUAAGAGUUUGGCCACUUGGGAAACAGAAAACAAGAUUUACUGCAAACAGACUCUUCUGAGCGGGAACGGGCCGAAGACCUUCUGGAGCCGAGAGCUCAAAGGAGAUGAGCUCAUAUUGAUCUUUGGUGCCGAUGACGUGGUCUGCACACGGGUCUACGUGCGGGCGUAAGAGGAGUCCACGUCCUUCCACAUUCAAGCUUCCUCUGAAAAAUGACCCGUCAACGUGACUAAUUCACUAACAAGAAUUCACAUUACAUCUCCAAUAAUAUGUUUUGGUAGUAAUAUGCCAGGGUGUUGCACCUUUGUGUAAAUCACAAUUUCUAAUUCCUCACAUUUUUGUAUAUUUUUCCAUUUCCUUUAUUUUUUGAUUGGUUUGAUUUUGUUACUAAACGACAGGAGCAGUCCAGACAUCACCUGCUGAACAACUUCAGGGCGCAUGUUUAGAUAGGUUUUUAAAUCAUAAUAAUGGUCCACAACAUAAAAAAAAAAAACCCACAGACAUGAAAAAGUAAGCGGUGAACUGAGAUUCUUUCUACUCAAAGGAUAGUUUAAUGGCAAACACCAUACUAACACUCAUGUACAUCAUAAAAGUCAAGAGCAGAGACACAAUAAACGAGGUACAAACGAUGUCUUUAUGUACAAUCAGCUCCCUCCGAACUUCCUGUGGUAUUCUUCUUUGAACACGGUGAAUAUAAAAAUAAAAAGCCAAGUAAUAAAACUGUU